UAGGUUGGUAUUCAGAACGGUCGUGAUUCAGUGUGUUUUCGGUAGUUAUUGUAUAUUUUAAUUUAUCAUCGCCAUGGUAAAUUAUUGUGUUUGUGGAGGUUGCACAAACUCCAACCUGACAGGACAUCGAGUCCACAGGUUUCCAAACAAGAAAAAGAACUGUGCUAUCUUCCGUGCCUGGGUGCGUUUUGUGCAGGUGAAGAGACGGGACUUCACUUCUGCAUCUGCUUCGAAAAACGCGGUAGUGUGUAGAGGUCACUUUAGACAGGAUGAUUAUGAUCCCAGCGAUAUGAUGGAGUUCAAUAUGGGAUGCCGAAGCAAGAACCAAGUGAGACUCCGAGCUGGUGCGGUUCCUUCUGUGCACGCAGCACCUUCAUCUGGUCCGUCGUCAGCAUGUGGUUCGGCCGCCGGCGGGAGACAUGAUGGUCACGGAUCCAUCAGAGGAGCACUUCGACGAAAACGUGAACUGUGCACCGGAAGGCCACCCAUAAGGAAGUCAUCACACAAACUGUGUCUAAAAUCACAGACUGAGGCUCCACAGUCAAAGGCCAAUGAGCAGCAUCAGGAGAGCAGAGCAUUUGGACAAAAUGCUACUUUGGCUGGAUUUGACUGGGGUAGUUACCUUGAGAAAAGUGGCUUCCUCGCUGCCCCUGUAUCCUGCUUCAGACACGCGCCACUCUGUGCUCAAUGGGACGACAUCUUUGUGGGGUUAAAAGUGGAGGUUUUGAAUACCCAUACAGCCUUGUACUGGAUCGCCACUGUUGUACAGCUGACAGGCUAUAAAGCUCUUCUUCGCCUUGAAGGUUUUGAGGAUGAUGACAGCCAUGACCUGUGGUGUAACUUAGGCACGACUGAUGUUCAUCCUUUAGGCUGGUGUGCACUGAAUAACAAGCUCCUGGUCCUUCCUCAAGAGUUCCACCAGCAAAUUAAAGACUGGAAAUCCUACCUGAUGGAGAGACUAGUUGGAGCACACACACUUCCUGUUGACUUUCAUGUCAAGAUGGCAGACAGUUUGAGGUGUCCGUUCAGACAGGGGUUUCGUGUGGAGGUGGUCGAUCGCUCACAGGUGAGCCGUACCCGUUUGGCAGUGGUGGAUACUGUCAUAGGAGGGCGACUCAGACUGCUGUAUGAGGAUGGGGGACUGGGACCCUCGGGCGAGGUGCUCUCAGAUUUCUGGUGUCACAUGCAGAGUCCUCUAGUACACCCUGUUGGCUGGUCUGAAAGAGUGGGGCACUCAAUCAAAGAAACAGAUGAAAAUGUAAACAUGGGUAGCCAUCCAGCAUUUCAUAAAGUCCUUCAAAACAGUGUGCCAGAUCAGUUUAAUAAGUUGAGGACCGUUUACAUGGGAAAUACAUUUUUUGAGGAAGGCAUGAAACUUGAAGCAGUUGAUCCUCUGAACCUUGGGAACAUCUGUGUUGCAUCAGUCCGUAAGGUGUUGCUGGAUGGAUACAUCAUGGUAGGCAUUGAUGGUGUCGAGAUCGCUGACGGUUCUGACUGGUUUUGCUACCAUGCCAGCUCACAUGCCAUUUUACCUGUUGGAUAUUGCGAGAGCAACGACAUAUCUCUUACUCUACCUCCUGGUUAUGAUCAUGCCACUUUCACAUGGACAAAAUAUUUAGAAGAAACAGGAACUGUAGCUGCUCCACGAAGACUUUUCAACACGGAUGAUGUAGGCCAUGGCUUUACCCCAGGUAUGAAGCUAGAGGCAGUGGACCUCAUGGAGCCCCGGCUGGUGUGUGUGGCCACUGUUAGGCGCUGCGUAGGCCGGCUUCUCCUUCUCCACUUUGAUGGCUGGGGGCCUGAGUUUGAUCAGUGGGUAGACUGUCAGUCCCCUGAAAUUUAUCCUGUGGGCUGGUGUGAAAUCACUGGCUACCAGCUGCAGCCACCCAUCGGACCAGAACCUCAGGGUCAGGAACGCUCGAACACAAGCAAAAAGGCAAAACCUUUUAUGGGGAAAAGGAGACGAAGAUUUGUAAAGAAAAACACAAGUAAAUGCACAUCUAAAACCCAGCCCACUCAGCAUAAUGAGAAUCCAGAGACGAAUCGACCACAGGGGGCACCAAACGUCACAAAUCAAGAACAAGAGGCAGGCAAAUCCUCCAUCACAGCCCCCAUCUUACAAAUAAAGGCUGAACCUGAGGACGAAAUAAAAGUGAAGGUGGAGGAAAUGGAAAUCCCCAUAUUAUCCAGUGUACAAAGCAAAGAAUGCGCCAACCCAGCGGCCAUAACAAUCUUCAAACAGGAAAACGUCUCUGUUUAGCCCACUACCUGUAGUUCUCAGUGAUCACUACUUUAUUUUUACUUUUUAUUAAAUAACACUGGUAGUUAUUUAAUUAACCAAGCUGUUAGUGUAAAACAACUGGUAUAGUUGAGAGAUAUUAUUUUUAUACAGUUCACAUUUUUUGCAAUCUUGUAUUAAAAUGACAAGUUAUGUAAAGACAUUUUCUAACUUUUUCUGAAUUUUUCAUUGCAUAAUAUGGAAGAUACUGAAUUAAAAUGACAAAUUUUAAUUGGUUCUAUAUUUGCUCAUUAAGGUCCUUGCACACUGAGUCAGAAAUUCUCGUCUGAAAUUUUCACACGUUAAAAAAUAA